AUGCGCAUGCAUCCGCUAACGCCUUCUUUAACCCAGACUUUAGGAGUCAGCAGGCUCACUGACAGCUUUGCACUUGAGAGUGAGUUCGGGAACUUUUGCCAGGCUUGGCAAGUCCAUUCUGCACAUUGCGCUCCUGCAACGUUCCAUCUGGUUCUCAGCUUCUUUCAAAGACUCCCACCAAUCCUGACAAGCUCCCUUUUGGAAAGCGCGCUCAUCACUUCGGACACGUUCGUUGAGGAUCAUAAGCCGGCAGGUUGUCCCACAGUCUGA